CGUCCCGUAGUCUGCCUAUCUGGGUGACCUCUGACAGGAAAAGGCGAUUCAUAGUUGUCACAUUUUUAAAAUAAUUUCAAGUGGAUAUUCCUCAAAGACGUGACCGGUGGUAUAGCUUGACCUUUCCUAAACUCACAAAUGUUUUCAAUAGUUAACACAUUGGUUUAAUAAGCUAAUUGGUUAACUUUUUUUUUGUGUGUGUAAGCUUUUCCCAUGAUGCAGCGGCAGGGGGAGAUUCAAACUGCCUCCCAAGGAAAAGAAAUGGCGGAGUCUUUGGAACUACCGUUAUCGGUGUGUACAGGGACAGAGACCCCGCUGGUUAAGGAGGCAGCCCUCUGUGAGGUUGACCUGCAGUCUGAGAUUAAAGGUGAAAACAAUCAGGAGUCUCAAGCAAUAGAAUUGUCCGAGUCUUUUUACGCCUUAGAGGAGCCUCAGAAUGGACAAGUGGGGAGCGCGAUGAUGCCAGCGGUUCCGCCGACCGGCGUGGAUGAUAAUGUGAGGUCAAGCCCUUCCGCUAUAGCGGUAGAAAGCCCCUGUGAUGAGACGAAUCCGACAAGGAAGGAGGCUGACCAUCGGGAAAGCAGCCCCCAACGCCAAGACGAUUUGCAACUGUCUUUUGGUGGUAAAGAUGAAAAUCAUACAGUUCUGGAACCUCAAGCAGAUCCUGAAAAUUUGAAAAGCUCCACCAGUCCCAGUUCACUUUCCAGCCUAACUAGCAGGGACUUUGAUGAGCCUUGUGUGUCUGUUGAAUUUGCUGGAUAUGUCACCCAGGAGACUUGCUGCAAGUUUGUUUGUGAGAUUUUUAAGUACCUUCUUUACCAAAGGCAACAACUUCCUAUGCCUUUUGAGCAGAUGGUGUUUUUUGAGAAGAAACGGCAAGCAAUGAUUUUGACAAAUGAGCUGGGCAGUAGAAAACCACAGAAAGAAGAUGGCUGGGACAGUAAAAAAUGUCAGCGGGCAGUUGAUGACCUGGAAGAGAUCUUGCACAACCUGGAGGUGCUUUUUUCUCAUAGUCUGGUGCCCCGUGUGCUCUUUCUUCUUGGAGGCAAUAUCAUGCUGCCUAAGGAGCUAUAUGAGGUCAAUCUCCAGGAAAUUGCCUUGGGUCCCAAUGAGCAGAGCCUAAAACCAGCAACCUGUCUUAGAAAGAUCUUCAGAACACUCUUCAUGGCUGAUAUUUUUUCUGACCCCAAAUCAGUUCAGCUUAUGACCACAACAGUCAUGGUGCAGUGCCACCGAAAUUGUGGUGUCAGUUGGUUCCGGCCAAAGGUAGAGUAUACAGUGCCAACUAGGGUAAAGAAGCAGAUCAUAGCUCUUUCCUGCAGUGCUGGUGCAGAGCUAAGCCAUCAAACGCUCUUCCAGAUGGACCAUACAGACUGGGAUGACUACAUAUGGUUUCAAGCACCAGUGACUGUUAAGGGAUUUUAUAAAUGAUUUUAAAAGGGAAAUGCCAGCAGUGGCAGCAGGUGGACACUACAUUAGGUAUUUUAUUUUGUGGCUGCAUGCAUGAAAAUACAUUAUAUACAUACAUAACAUGCAAAUGGAGAGUGCUGAUAUAAAAAAAAAUAGUAAUUUCAGCAAAUCUUUUUUGGAAUACCUCAUUAUAACUUACUGGAUAAAAGGAAGGCAUCUAUUGUCUGAUAGUUAAGUAAAUUCUUCAUGUUAAACUUUUUUGUUCUGCAUUUGAAAACAGUGGGCAUCAAACUGGGAAUUCCCAGAUGACAUGUAGGGAAACAGCAAUUUGAUGUGUGGGCAUUAUUCAACCAUUUUAAAUUCUUAUCAAAAGUAAAAGUUGGUGCUAAAUAUUUCAAGCCACAAGGCCAUACAGUCUGGAUUUUAUUUGUUAAUUUUUCCUGACUGUCUAAUCUCUUAUUUAGCUAGAGAAUUCUUUAAGAUUUGUUAAAUCACAGCAUCCUAAGUCAAAUAACACUUUUGCUGUGCUGUUUAGUGUUGGUUUUUAUGUAAGCAUGUACCUGUUUUAGUAUAAUUUGUAUUUUUUUUUCUCCCAGUUUUUAGCUUUUCAAUCUUUUAUUUUAACAUCAGUUUUGUUAUUUUUGUCAAAGUUCUCUUCUUGAACAUCUGUCUUACCUCCAUGUUACAGAGGAACCAUUUUAUUUUUACACUUUUCAGACAGAGCAAAGAGUGGUAAAUCCUUUCAGUUAUUCAUUAUACUUUAAUUGCAAUUUAAUAAGAGGAUAAGUGCGUUUUAGAAUAAGUAAUUUAAAGGGAAAAAAAAAUGACAAUGUUAAUAGUAUUAUAAGGGUUUAUACAAUAUGGAGGGGAGGUGAAUUAGCAAUGUUCCUGAAAUCUAUUUGAUUUCUUGCUUGGAAAGGUGUUCUGUACAGAUUUGUUUUUAUUGAAUUAAAAGUUUAAUCUGUUAUUUUUAAUAAAAAUGUUUCACAAUUUGUGCAUUUUUUUGUAAAUGUAUACUUUAGCUUUGGUUAUCCCUCGUUAGAUGUUGACGUUGGGUUCAGAAUAUUAGGUUUCUGUUUUUUCUUUCAAUUUAAUUCCCAAAUGUGUCUUUUGAUGUUACAAAAUAGGAAGAGUUUAUGCUAGGAGUAGCUUUGGGUGGAGGUUGUUGCUUACGACUAGAGUUAAACGCGUCUUCAUUACUAGUAUUGGCAUUAUUCUUAAAAGCACCCAUCUGUUAACACUGAGAAAUUUUGAAGUAAUUUUUUAUUUUAAAAUGUAGAAGUGAAUCUCAUCAGCAUUUUCCUUUUUAAAAUGCAUAUGUAUUUUUAGUAAUUUUAUGCUUACAAAGUAUGAGUCUUUGUCUAAUAAUAUAGCUAUGUCUCUCAGAUGUUGGACUAUAAACUAGGGCAGAGUUUAAAUUAUCAAUAAUUUAAGUAAUGGCAUCCUCUUUUAAUUUCAAAUGUUGUGUUCAAGUGCUAUCGGACAGUUGGUGAAGGCUAGUUUUUAAAUCAGAAAUUCCAUGUGGUCAUAAUAUGAAUUUGGAGCUUCGAUGUGGACAAUUUGGUGAAAUACAAUGCUACCCAAAAUCUCCAAGUUGUGUUGUAAUGCUGACCUUUCAUCUUAGUUAGUUGUAUAAAAUAAAAAGCAUAAUUUGGUUAAUCAACAGUGCCAUUUUUUGUGGUCAAAUUGUAUUUGAGGAGAAGUAAUACACAUUUAAUACAGUUGGUUUGCUCUUUAUUUUCUCAAAAAAAUACAAUUGAUCUUUUUAAUCGCUUUUUUUGCAGACCAAGUAACAAAUCUUCAGCAACUUU